AACGCUGCAGUGUAAAGCAUUCUGAUUGGAGCAUGCAAUAUAAUUUAGAACCGAACCAACUUAAUAGUAGAAAAAUCUCUAUAAAAAGAAAAAUGUUUAGCGCAACUUUUAUCAGGAAAUAAACAAUAAUCACUUAUCAAUGGAUGAAUCACUAACUUUGGAUGAAUACAAGUGUCUCAAGAAAUUAUAAACUCAUAACCUCUACAAACGGCAAUCGACGCCACUUAUUUUUUUUAGAUUGAACGUGUAAAUAUGUUUAUAUGCAACAAUCGUUAUUGCUCGAAUUAAAUACUAUAUAUCCGAUAGUAGUUUUUAAUAAAGUAAAAUGCUUUCUUAAAGCGUUACCAAACUUUAAGUUUUGGUUAUGUUUGAUUCGUUACGAUUGUUGUAAUUAUAUUAAUAUACUGUCCAUGAUACAUGAAAAAAUGUACAUAUCAAAGAAACUAAAAGUAUUCUCUUAUUUAAUGUUAUGGAGAUUAGCCUGUGUUUUUCUUGUACAAACUGCCCAUGUUCCAGAUGAAUAUUGGCAGUCAUUAGAAGUUGCUCAUCAUUUAGCAUUUGGAUAUGGAUAUCUGACAUGGGAAUGGUAUAUGAAAAUUCGCAAUUAUAUUUAUCCAUUUCUGAUAUCUAUCUUGUAUAGAAUGCUGGCAUUGGGGUCUUUAGAUCAUGUAACACUCUUAAUAACAUUACCUAGAAUAUUUCAGGCAUUUAUUACUGCUUAUGGAGAAUAUAAGUUUUAUGAGUGGACUAAAAACAAAUGGACUCUAUAUAGUUUAUGUAUAAAUUGGUACUGGUAUUAUUGUGCUUCGCGUACAUUAAUAAAUACUGUAGAAACAUCAUGUACUAUGAUAGCUAUAUCUAUGUUUCCAUGGCGUGAUAGUAAUGUUAAAUCUAUAAGAUACUUAUGGAUUGUAGGGUUUUUAUGUAUGAUGAGACCUACUGCUGUUAUUAUAUGGUUACCCUUAUGCAUUUAUCAUUUAUGUACAAGUUUGCAAAAUAAGUUUGUAUUAAUAUGUCAGUAUAGUAUAAUAGGCAGUGCUUGUUGCGUUAAUUCAGUAUUAAUGGACACUUAUUGCUAUGGUACAUUUGUUAUUUCACCUUGGGAGUUUUUCCGUGUGAAUGUUUUAUAUAAGAUUGGAGAUUCAUAUGGAACACAACAUUUAUUGUGGUAUAUUUUAAGUGGAUUACCAGUACUUUUAGGUUUACAUUAUGUUAUUUUUUUAUUAUGUAUGUGGCAAGUGAUGAAGCAUCCUAGUUCAUUUCAUCGUCAAUCAAUUAUGUUAGUUGUAAUAAGUUGGACAAUUGGCAUUUAUUCUUUAUUAUCUCAUAAAGAAUUUCGAUUUUUAUUACCGCUUUUACCAAUGUUCAUAUACAUUUGUACUUCUUGCACAUCUCCUCUAACAAUGAAGUCUGCAAAAAUAGUUAAACAAGCGUUUAUAGUGUUAUUAAUAAUCACCAAUGUUCUACCUGGAUUUUAUUUUUGUAUGAUACAUCAACGCGGAUCGCUAGAUGUGAUGAAUAUUCUUCACAAUGAACUUAGUGUUAUUGAUGAUACAACUAACAUACUAUUUCUUACUCCUUGCCAUGCCACUCCUUUGUAUAGUCAUUUACAUGUAAAUGUACCUAUCAAAAUAUUGACUUGUGAACCUAAUUUUAAUAGUAGUAUAAACUAUACAGAGGAAGCAGAUGCAUUUUUUUCAAAUCCAAUGCAGUGGCUAAAUAAUUAUUAUAGUAAUGAAAACAACACAAUACCCAGCCAUGUAAUAUUAUUUGAUAAUGUUAUACUAAAAAUCCAACAAUUUUUAGAACAUUAUCAACUUAUAUCACAAACAUUUUAUACGCAUUUACCGCAAUCAAAUUAUGGAAAAUAUAUUCAUGUAUAUAAACAUAAAUAAAAGAUAUUGAAUUAAAGAAAACCCGUUAAUCGCUACUACAUAUUAUCAUUCUCUUAUUCAGUUUUAUGAUCCUCAAUUUAUCUUUUAAUUAUUAAUUAUAUAUUAUUUU